AUGACCCCGCCCAUCGUCGUACAGGAGGAACGCGGCCAGGAGGACACUGUCGUGGACAAUCCGAAAAGGACUGUAAAACAAGUGAAACAAAAGGAUCAGGAAGCGCGGGAGCAACGUGAUUCCAACGGAAAUAUCAUCAAGGAAAAACCAGAAAAGCCAGAAAAAGAGGAAUCGAUUGCAACCAGAGUGUGGACUGUGGUACUUACUGUAUUGAAUAAGAGGCCCAAGUUUCGCCCUAAUAGCCGAAAGGCUACGUAUAGCUUCGAAGAUUGCUUAAGUGAUCGCAAGGAGAAAAUAAAACGACAUUGGUGGUGGCCGACAAAGAAUGUCAAAGGCAGGCAACGACGGCUGUCCGCUGUCAUCGCUGACAAUAACGAACCCAAGGAGAAGGAUAUACCAGUUCGUUACCGGUCUGCAGAUUGCCUUUAG